AUGCUUUUGAAGUCGGGAUUAUUCCUCACUUUGUUUCUGUUUACCCUCCAAGCAAGUCAAAUCAAAGACCUCCAUGACAACGGGUUCUCUGGACUCAGGGAUGUGAAGUACCGGCACUUUCUGGAAGCCUCUCGACCAAUCAGACAUGCCACCAACAUCAGAGCGGAGCGGGACCGACAUCGGACCAGGAGGUCAGCGGUCUUCACGACGGGCGUCAAAGUUUGCCCCCAGGAGACGAUGAAGGCCGUCAUCGGCAGCCAUCGGGCCUACUACAAACUCCGAGUUUGUCAGGAAGCGAUCUGGGAAGCGUUUCGGAUCUUCUUGGACAGAGUCCCAGACUCAGAGGAGUACAGAAGCUGGGUUUACACCUGCCAGCAUGAAAACCUCUGCAUGGACGACCUGGCCAAGAACUUCAGCAGCUCUCAGGAGCACCUGGACAUGGUGGCCAGAAGAGUAGCAGAGGAGGGUGACAGUGAAGGAAUUCUGGCUGCAACCCCCUCACCAGACAUCCAGUGCACCUGGACUCCGCCUCUGUUUCUGCUUCCAACCCAACCUGAUGCUACUAAAGAGGAUCCCAGCCUGGUGAAGGAGAACAACGAGGAGUACAUCAUCGAGUUCCGCAUCACCAUCGUGGACCCGACGUACAGCCAGCUGCUCAGCGACCCGCCGCAGCACAACAACGUGGCGCGAGAGCUCACCGAGAAAAUGCUUCACGUGUUUCAAAAAGUUCCAGGAUUCAAAGAGAUACGAGUUCUGGGGUUUCGGUCGGAGGAUGUGUCUGUGCGCUACGCUGUGGUCUUUAACGGAGAAACGGAGCUCGGUGAUGAUCCCGAGGGCUUCGAGGAGGCGGACACGAAGACAGACGAAGACGUAAACGCUCCCAAACUGAAGCACAUCAUCGUGAAGGCCUUGAAGCAGGAGCCGUCGCUGCCGCUGGACUUACAGACGCUCAGCUUUGAGACUGUCACUACAGUCCAUUCAGUAGCGGAGCACGGCAUGAACCCUGUAGAGACCGUACUAUCAAAGGAGGGCACCACUGAAGCACCGACGGAGGACCUAAUUCCCACCCGAAGAUUCCUCCCCACUGUGGCAGCGAUAGAAAACUCAGCCUCUACCAUCAGACCAGAAACCUCUGUGCCUUCCAUCGCCAACAUCCUCCCAGACGCCACCGUGGAGACUCCUUUGAUGGCGGCGGUGGAGGUGGAGUCCACCGAAGCUGCUGCUGAGGAGGCCGGCGACGCUUCAAAUCUGGAAACUAUCGUGGAACAGGAAGACGAAGGAGAACCGGAGGUGGAGGAGAUACCGCCGACCGAAGAGGACGACGGAGCCGAGGCUGCAUCCGAGGAGCAGGCGACAGACGAUCCUGAUGGAGACGACGAGGAACAUCAGAACGACGACCUUUCUGUGGCGACUCCUGGCUCCCAACCUGAAGAAGUGCUGACUGACGUUAAUCUGGACCCGACAGAGCUCACAGCUGCUGAAAUAUCCGUCACAGAGCCGCCGGUUUCCACGCCGUCCUUCCUGGAAGAUACAGUUCAAGCGACGGAACCAGAAACCGAUGUGGAGUCUUUGCCGUCCCCGGUGGAGAGCGGCGAGGCCCCCGAGGAGAGAGGUGACUCCAGCGGAGAGACUCCAGCCUCAGCGGAGCCGCCUUCUGAGGAAGCAGGACCGAAUCAGAACCGGACGGACCUGGAAGCCACCGAGCACCUGGAGGAGGGGAGCGGCAGCGGGUUCGCCUCAGAGUCCGACGAACGUCCGUACGAGUCCACGGCUGCACCUGCCAUGAGACAAGCCAGCACGCCGGUGAUGGCGGCGGUGCGGAAGAGCCAGGAGCUGGUGGUUUUCUUUAGCUUGAGGGUCACUAACAUGAUGUUCUCUGACGACCUUUUCAACAAGAGCUCCCCUGAAUAUAAGUCACUGGAGAACACGUUUCUGGAGCUGACACAGCACUCCGGCUCCAGAAACUCGCCAAACCCUGGAGCUUCCAGUAAAUCUGGGCCUGGGAGACAGACGACUUUAGCCUCCAUACCGCUUCUGCCGUAUUUACAGUCCAACUUGACUGGAUUUAAGCAGCUGGAGAUUCUGAACUUCAGGAACGGAAGCGUGGUGGUGAACAGUAAGAUGAAACUGGACAAGCCGGUGCCGUACAACGUCACCGAGGCGGUGCACUGUGUUCUGGAGGACUUCUGCAACGCAGCGUCCAAACGGCUCGACAUCGAGAUCGACAGCCGCUCCUUGGAGAUAGAACCAGCUGACCAAGCAGAUCCCUGCAAGUUCCUGGCAUGCAACGAGUUUUCCCGCUGCGUGGUGAACAGUUGGACCGACGAGGCCGAGUGCCUGUGCGACCCGGGCUACGUCAUCGUGGACGGCCUGCCCUGUCAGAGCACCUGCACCUUGCAGCCGGACUACUGCCUGAACGGAGGCCUGUGUGAAAUCAUCCCGGGUCACGGAGCCGCCUGCAGAUGCCCCGUCGGUAAAUACUGGCACUACCACGGAGAGCGCUGCAACGAGCUGGUGUCGGUGCCGGUCGACCCUCCGCUGAUCAUAACCUGCCUCGUGGGAAGCCUCUGCCUGGUUUGCGCCGUCAUCGCCGUUUUAAUAUUCAUCAACAAGAAAUGCAUAAACACGGGAAAGGCUGUGACGCUGGUAUCCCCAGACAACUCUACACAACCAGAUCAGAAAAGCUAG